UGAUGUUUGAUGCUUCAUUUAGAUGCCAUUAAAUUGCCUCAUUGCUGCCCUAUAAAAAGUCUCUCCAACUGCCAGUGUCUUGGAUCUUUGCCUCUUGCAGUUUUAUUCCUACUAGAAAAGAAGAUUUUGCAUAACCACAGCAAGAUGUGUGACCAGCAGAAACAGCCACAGUUUUUUCCUUCCUGUGUGAGAGGUUCAGGGCUGGGGGCUACACAAGCUGCCAGUGGUGCCUCUGUGAAAAGCCAGACUCCAAGGCACACCCAAACUGUCUGUGUGAUGGGCCCUGCUCCCUGCCAUGCUCAAACUAUUUGUGUGACAGGCCCUGUUUCUGGCCAGGCUCAACCCUUCACGAAUUAUCCAGCUCUAGCUCCAGCUCCAGCUCCAGCUCCAGCUCCAGCUCCAGCUCCAGCUCCAGCUCCAGCUCCAACCUAUGUGAAAUACCAAGUUCCAUGCCAGACUCAAACCUAUGUGAAGGGCCCAGCUCCCUGCCAGACCCAAACCUUUGUGAAAUGCCCAGCUCCUUGUAAGACAUAUAUGAAGUGCCCACCACCAUGCCAGAUGACGUAUGUGAAGUGCCCAGUACCCUGCCAGACAACUUAUGUGAAAUACCCAGCUCCAUGCCAGACAACUUAUGUCAAAUAUCCAGCUCCCUGCCAGACCCAGACAUAUUAUGUCCAGUACCCUUCUUCUGGUCAGACCUACUACACUCAAGCUUCUGCAAGCAAUUCAGCCUCCCAGGGCUGUGUUCCUGAUCCAUGCUCUGCUCCCUGUUCCACCAGCUAUUGCUGUCUUGCCCCCCGGACCUUCGGGGUUAGUCCCCUGAGACGUUGGAUCCAGCGGCCCCAAGACUGCAACACGGGAUCGUCUGGCUGCUGUGAGAAUUCUGGAUGCUGCAGUUCUGGGUGCUGUGGUUCUGGAGGAUGCUGUGGCUCAGGGGGGUGCUGCUGUUUGGGAAUUAUCCCUAUGAGAUCCCGAGGUCCUGCAUGCUGUGACCAUGAGGAUGAUUGCUGCUGUUAAAUACAGAAGGGCAGACUUGCUCCAGAAUUCAUCACGAGGCUACAUCCUUUGAGACAUCACCAGCCUCCAGCCCUGUUCCUCUCAUUCCUAGCUAUGUAGAACCUCAUCAAUUUACUUCCAUACUUUGCUUCUUUAUCAAGGCAUCCUGCUACAGUUAACGCAAAUCCCAAACUUUGGCAAGAAUAAAGUUCUCAGUGUAA